CUGCAAUGCACCAGAAAAUAUCAGAAGAAAACCAGAGAAAAAGCAGAGAAAUUAGCCUGCAGUUGUAUUUUUCACCCGUAGAGGGCUGCAGAGCGCAAUGUUGUAUCAAAACUGGAUUAAUUASAAGACGAAGAAGCACUCUCGGGUUUGUUUUGUUUGAUGUGCGCCAGGAGGAACRUGCGGGUUACCUUAAAAGCUUACUUUUGCUGUCUGUAAUUUAGAACUAUUUGAAUUAAUGUUUUCUCUCGGUGUUGCUACAUUGCUGUGGAAAAAUCGCAGUAUCGCGAAAUGAAGCUGAAGGAGUUGGAAAGCUGCCUGCAGCAGGUAGACACAUUUGAGGAGCCAAAAAUCCUCUUGGAGCAGUAUCCAACCAGCCCUCACAUUGCAGCAUGCAUGCUUUACACGAUUCACAACACGUUUGACGACAUUGAGGGUAAACUGGUGGCAGAUCUCGGCUGUGGCUGCGGAGUCCUCAGCAUCGGGGCUGCCAUGCUGGACGCGGGAUUGUGCGUGGGUUUGGAAAUCGAUGAGGACGCACUAGAGAUAUUCCGAAGGAAUGCAGAAGAAUUUGAACUYUCUAACGUGGAUCUGCUCCAGUGUGAUUUAUGCCACCUGGAAGYUGAGGCUUAUGGCCAAAAGUUUGACACUGUUAUAAUGAAUCCACCGUUUGGUACAAAACACAACCAAGGGAUGGAUAUGAAGUUUCUCCGCGCUGCUUUAACCAUGUCAAAGACGGCGGUUUACUCGCUUCAUAAAACAUCAACACGAGAGCACAUACAAAAGAAGGCUAAUGACUGGGGAGUGAAGAUGGAAGUCUUAGCAGAACUGAGGUACGAUUUGCCGGCUUCCUACCGCUUCCACAAAAAGAAGUCUGUUGACAUCCAGGUGGACUUUCUACGAUUCUCAAAGACCUGAAUAUUUUUUACUGGAAUGGGUUCUAAGUUGCCUCUGCAUUUUUCACCGUUUGUAAUAAAUGUGUUUGCUAAAGAAAAAAUCUCUGGAUGUCGUCUCCAUAUUACGAGCCAUUUUCAGUUUUGGAAACUUUCGCUGGAGGACCGUCGGCGUCUUCAAGCUCUCUCUUUGGGGCUGCAAGAAAAACAGGACRCAUUGAAUCAUCUGUACAUGUUUGAGAAUGAGGAUGCUGCUGCUGCUGAGAAUAUGUAAUGCCAUGUAACGCAUUUAUAAUCUAUUACAUUUUGUAUUUUUGUGUGUUUUAUUGGGAUUUUAUGUGACAGAACAACACAAUGUAGCACAAUUGUUAAUUGGAAAGAAAAAUGUACAUACAUUGAUACUAUACAGAAACUUAACUCAAAAAUAAAAUUCAUUGCUUUUAUUAAA